UUAACAACAACAACAACAACAACAACAACAACAAAUCCUAAUAGUUGUAUCGAGAUAUUUUGUAUGAGAGCUUUUAUUUUGGCGGUGUAAGAACAGGAAGUGCAGGCUCCGUCAUUGAUUGUGUUGUGUUCAGGACCCAGAGGCGAAUUUUAAUUCCGUCCCUCAAAAAAACACAACAAACCUGCUCUCAGGAUGAUUAAAGCGAUUCUGAUCUUUAAUAAUCACGGCAAACCGAGACUCAGCAGAUUCUACCAGUAUUUCGCAGAAGACCUGCAGCAGCAGAUAAUCAGAGAGACGUUUCACUUGGUGUCUAAAAGAGAUGAUAAUGUGUGUAAUUUCCUCGAAGGCGGAAGUCUGAUUGGUGGAUCAGACUACAAGCUGAUCUACAGACAUUACGCCACACUGUACUUUGUGUUCUGUGUGGAUUCGUCUGAGAGCGAACUCGGAAUUCUGGACCUCAUUCAGGUGUUUGUGGAAACUCUGGAUAAAUGCUUUGAGAAUGUGUGUGAACUCGACCUGAUCUUUCACAUGGACAAAGUACAUUAUAUCCUGCAGGAGGUGGUGAUGGGGGGGAUGGUGCUCGAAACCAACAUGAAUGAAAUUGUGUCUCAGGUUGAACUGCAGAACCGCAUGGAGAAAUCUGAGGGUGGGCUGUCUGCAGCUCCAGCUCGAGCCGUCUCAGCCGUGAAAAACAUGAACCUUCCAGAAAUCCCCCGGAACAUCAACAUCGGAGACAUCAACAUCAAAGUACCAAGUCUGUCUCCUUUCUGAGACCAGAGGAAUCUCUCUCUCACACACACACACACACACACACACACAAUCAAAAAUUUUAUUUACAUUUAGGGGCCAAAAAUCUACACGAAUACAAGAACUUUUAUUUCUGCUGUAUUUCUGCUGUAUGUGUGUGUGUGUGCACGUGCAUGUGAAUGUGAGCGCGCGAGUGCGUGUGCACGUACGUGAGUGUGUGUGCGAAUUUGAGUGUGUGCGUGUACGUGAAUGUGUGUGCAUAAGUGUUUGUGUGUUUCCUCUAAAAAACCGACACUCAUCCAUAACAUUAUUUAUACUGUAAUUGUUGUUGUUGUUUAAUAAAUGUUACAUUUGUGCGUCCA